AUGAUACAGAGUAGAGGGGUACAAGCAAGCUCCUCUUCCAGCUCCGGUGGCAAUCAAUGGUUUUCUCCAGUGUCAGAAGAAGAAGCCUUUGAGGCUCCUGUGCGUGAAGAGAGCGCGGACGCUUUCGAGAAGGCAUUCUUGGGCGUUGUGUCUUGGAAUGUGACGGAGGCUCCCGAGAUCAACGUCAGCAAACCAUCCUUGGAGGAUCCUGUCGGACAUAUGUAUAGAAUGGUCCGCAAUUGGCAGCAGCAGCAUAAUGGGACGAUCCCACGCCCAAUGUCAGCAUUCACGUUGAGGGAGAGAAUCUUCGCCGAGCUUGCCCAAGGGGUAGACGCAGAGGAGUUACUGCUGUCUUGCUGUCUCGAUGGUUGCAAGCUUUGCAAAACAAGUUCUUACAAAUGGGCUUUGCUAAGUUUUGCUGUCUCCUUCGUGAUUGGUUGGUGGAAAGCGGUGAGGCUCCUUUUGGAGGUGCGCUCGCGAAUGGCCAAUUCGCGAGAGAGAGUUGAGCAGGCGGCUGAGUCUGGCGAAGCGGGGUACUUGGCAGGUGAUAUGGCGGAGGAGGGCAGGGAGCUGUUCCAGGAGGCCAUGUGUGGCUUCGAGGUCUUGGUCUUCGGCCGGCUGCUGCCGUGGGGUAAGGUUAGCCGCGACUUGCGUGCCUGGUUGCAAGAUACUGGUCAGGUCCCCGUUCAGGGAGAACUCGCGAACAGCCCUCGCGAGAGAGAGUUGAGCAGGCGGCCGAGUCUGGCGAAGAGGGAGUGCUUUGCAGGUGAUUUGGCGGAGGAGGACAGGGAGCUGUUCCAGGAGGCCAUCAGUGGCUUCGAGGUCUUAGUCUUCGGCCGGCUGCUGCCAUUGGGGGAGUUUUGCCGCGACUUGCGUGCCUGGUUUAUGAAUAGCGGUGAGGCUCCUGUUGGAGGUGCGCUCGCGAAUGACCAAUUCGAGAGACAGUUGAGCAGGCGGCUGAGUCUGGCGAAGAGGGAGUGCUUGGCAGGUAAUAUGGCGGAGAAGGACAGGGAGCUGUUCCAUGAGGCCAUCGGUGGUCUCGAGGUCUUGGUCUUCGGCCGGCUGCUGCCGUGGGGGGAGUUGCCGCGAGUUGCGUGCCUGGUUGCUGGAUACUGGUCAGGUCCCCAAACAACUCGAGAACAGCCGCCGCGAGAGAGAGUUGAGCAGGCGGCUGAGUCUGGCGAAGCGGGAGUACUUGGCAGGUGA